AUGGCGAAUAACCAAUCCAGCCGCCUUCGCAAAGCCUUGGUGUCCAAAGUGAGCCAGCCACACGAACUUGUACCAGGAGCUUCGCCAGCAAUUUCAAUAACAGUUGGAUCGCGUCCAUCCUGCAUGACAGUGCAGUUAGAACGAGAAAGACUUGUUGAUACUGACUUCGAGCGAGCAUUCACUCCCUCCACCGCUCCUUCUGCGCUCCUUGUCAUUGGUAAGUUCGGUGCCACCAUCUUCAUCUACCCCAAAGCGACACCAUCGAAUGCAGAGAAGUUACGCGAGCAGAUCGGUGCAGUCACACUUCACGUUGGAGAUGGCGAGACAAUCCACAGCUUCCUCGAUGAUGUCGAGACACAAAUCCGUAAGCUGCGGAAUGAUUCCCUGAGCUCGAGCCUGGCGCAGCUGCAGGAAGGCAAUGUUGAGGUGAAUCAGAUAGUGCAAGGGAUCCUCAAGCCUGCGGCACUCGAUGCCAUUCACGAAAGAGAGGGGCGAGAUCAGUCGAUGCGCGCGACGCAGACGUACCUCGUUUUCGUUGUUUAUAUUACACGCUCAAGGGCAGGGAGGAUUUUGACUGAGCCGACCAGCAUUUUAUAUGAGUACCGCUCAGUUCUUGUGCUCCAGACAUGA